UCACUUCAACCAUCCCAACCUAAGGAUCAACCUACAGACCAGCACACAUUUCAAGACGAGGAGCAAAUCCACUCUUUGACCCUACACCCUACAAAAAAAUCCAUCAGCCCUUCUUCCAGUCAAAAAACAACCAAGCUUUUGUCAACAAACAUCUGGAAGCGACGCCACCUAGGAAAUAACUCCUCAUCCUCUCAAAACCACCCUCAUCCUAGACCGAAUUCUUCCAACACCAGAAGACAUCAUGAAGUCCACCUUCGUCUCCUCGAUCGUGCUGCUUGCCGGCCAAGCCGCGGCUCAUAUGGCAAUCACCUACCCGCCGCCUCUGCGAUCCAAGCAGAACCCCUUCGCCGCCCAGGACAUUGACUACAGCAUCACCAGCCCUCUCAGUGCUUCUGGCAGCGACUUUCCCUGCAAGGGCACCUUGAGCCUUCUCGGAACCGCUGCAGCCUCUCCCGUUGCUACCUGGCAGGCCGGCCAGCAGUACAACAUGACCAUCACCGGCGGUGCCAACCACAACGGCGGUAGCUGCCAGGCUUCCCUCUCCUUCGACAGCGGCAAGACCUUCACCGUCAUCCACAGCUACAUCGGUAACUGUCCUGUCGCGGGCACCUCGUCUCUCACCUUCACCUUGCCCGCCGAUACCCCCUCUGCCAAGGACGCCCUCUUCGCCUGGACUUGGUUCAACAACGUCGGUAACCGAGAGUUGUAUGUUCAUCCUGCCCUUCUGAUACUCGCCAUGGCCAUGCUAAUCCUCCUUCCACAGCUACAUGAACUGCGCCGUCAUUACCACCACCGGCGGAGGCGGCAGCGCUUCCACCCCCUUCAGCAGCCGUCCCCAGAUCUUCAAGGCCAACAUCGCCAACGGCUGCAGCACUGUCGAGGGAUCUGACGUUCUGUUCCCCAACCCCGGUCCUCCUGGAGACGUCACCAACGCCGGCACCAAGACCGGCCCCCGUCGGCACCUGCGACGUCGCUGUUGGUGGUGGCAGCUCUGGAGGU